GGGGCAGCCGCCGUCUGCAAAGGCCACGAGGUGCCGCACAAUAGCAGCCGCCGACAGCGCAAGAAAGGCGCCAAGCUUCGAGUCUGUCUGCUCGUCCUGGGACCUUCCGGGUCGGGCAAGUCGACCUUCAUGUCCGCGCCGCGCGGGCUGAGACAGGACGCCGACAUCGUCAGCCAUGGCAUCGAGUCACGUAGGUGCCGUUCCCUCUCCGCCUAGUUAAUUAACAGACUGGGCACGAGCCGACAGAAAAAUCAACAGACACCUCAGUAUGCACACCCCGUGCCGCCUCGACAGGUAUGCCACCGAGUUCAUCCUCGUAGACACGCCGGGCUUCAACGACACGAACCGCGACGACCUCGACAUCCUGCGCGCCGUCGCCAACUUCAUCGCUUCCAGCCCGGCAAUCGAUAUCCCGCCCGUAGCCGGCGUCGUCCUGACGCACAAUAUCACGCAGAACCGCGUCACGGGCUCAGCCCGCCUCAACCUCGCCGUGCUCAAGGCGCUCGUCCAAGAGGAGCGCGCCAGGCUGCAUGAUGAUCAGGCGCGCCAUGCUGGCGUUGCCGGGCAGGGGCAGACUCGGAGUCCCGCUCGGAAUUUGCUGGUGUGCGACGACGCGAAAUACCGGGAAUCGAGCCCAUCGGAAGACACUCGAGGCGUUGGCGGCGACAGAUAUCUAGACUACCGCGGAAGAUGAAGACUUGGCUAGCGGAAAAAUCGACCGCCCACAAAGACAGGCCGCUCGCGGAAGGCUUGAUCAAGUGGAAAGUCUGGCGUUGUUCGUGUACAGUACACGAAGAUAGCCCGGUUUCUUGAUAAGCUGUAAUGCCUGGUUUGAUGGCCAGAUACUAAUUAAGUCCGGGGUUAGAAUUAGAGUCCCAGGCUUCUCCUGUCUUUAGACAUUGGAGUUCUAGUUCUUGUUUGUAGAGACAUGUUGCAAAUGGGAUAUGGUAGGGAAUCACCAGGACCAAAUAGAGCUAGAGGUCAGACAAUAGGGGUCCAGGGGGUUCCGCCUUCGCCAAGGAACCCGGCGGGCCGGGCAAGUGACAGACGUGAUCUAUCUUUACAUAUCCACCCGCGCAGCCCAAGUCCAACAAGCUUCCGCUGUCGCACAAACGACUUGAGGAACAACAAGAUCAAUCGGGUACGGUGUAACGGUAACAUCAGUGAC